AUGUAUCACAGGAUUUUAUUACUUCCUACAAUGAUUUCAUUCAAAUCUCCGUUAAAUUUUAUCUUUUUGACGUGUCCUGAUGAGUUGUCUGGUGUAUGCUCUUUCCCGACAGCUACGAUUCAUCUUGCAGAAGAAAACUGGUAUUUUAAUCCUACGCUAAAAUAUGAAGUAAAUGUAGCAAUCGAACUAACUAAUGCAAAUGUGAAUGAUCAUCUUGGUAUGUUCCAACUGAUUUAUGAAACAAUUGAUGAGGAAGGAAAGAAAAUCGUUUCAUACCACCGUAGUGUUUUCCUUAAAAAAUCAGGAUACGUAUUUGUGAAACAGGUUGCGUUCUUUUUGUUUUAUCCGCUCUAUUAUUUUCAAAUUUUAUCUGAUCCUUACGCUAGGACACUUCGAGUUUCUUUUACCGAUCGUUUUAAAGAAAUACAAUCGCGAACAACUUCUGCCAUCGUCGUGCAGCUGCAAAAUAAAUUUUUAGAGAUUGAAUCAGGUGUGAUUAUGGUGGAAGCAAAACUUGGAUUUAUGAGCAGCUUCCUUUUCUAUUGGCCUUUCAUAUCAGGAAUAGUAAUUUUCAUAUUUAUUUCAAGUAUUGGUGUAUCAUUCCUUCUAAUUUUUUGGUUUUGGCGCGGUUUUUCCAUGAUUUUCCAUAAGUAUACUUCUAUGAACUACGCUGAUAUUAAAAAUGAUACCAACGCUUUGCUUGCAUCAUCCACUUUUCAGACGAAAGAAGAUGAAAAAUAUUCCGAGUCAUACAGCUUAGCGCAAUCAUCUAUAAAAUGUUCAUCAACCCAAUAUGAUUCAAUGAUUAAGUUUUAUUUGAGGCAUCGACGGCGGCGAUCAACUAAAUCGGAAAAUUAA